GGUCUAAAUAACGCGUUAUGAUCUCUUAUCACCUGUAACAUCAGGCUAACGUAUGUUGGUACUGAAACAUUCUGUGUACGCGCAAUGAGCUGCUAACAUCCUUUGGUCGUGAAGCAAAUUGGUCGUGUAACGCCGUGUAGCUUUAGUUGAGAAUUGUAGUCUAAUUAUCCUAGGACCUAGGCCUAGAUUGCCAAUCAAAUUCCAGUGACAAUGUCAUUUAGCAAAAUCGUGGCUUUGCCAGUCAUAUGUCUGUACAUUUUGUUCACGUUUUCCAUCGGGAAUCAGGUAAGCGGCACCCCAACUGGUGCACCUGCCGCAGCCUGUAGUACUAUGACUCCAGAUCAUGGUGUACCUCCGCAAACUAGCGCAUCGCCUUACGUCACGAUUCCAACGCUAGUGCUAGAUGAAUCUGUCCGAUUGACUCUGCUGGUCAACUCAACCGGAAUUUCGACAUUCAAAGGUUUCCUGGUAAUGGCAUUCGAUAAUUCAUUGGGUGACACCGCUGCACCGAUUGGUACAUUCAGCGAAAUUGUGGAGGAGACACCUGCGAUCACGCCAGCAAAUUACCUGAAUUGCCUAAGUGGCUCAAAAAAUGCAGCCACACACACUAACAAUAUAGAGAAAGUGAUCGUCAAUCUUUUAUGGGUUCCUCCUUCAGGAUUUGUCGGGAAUGUUGUCUUCAAGACGACUUUCGUUCGAAAUGUCACAACGUUUUGGGUGAAGACCUUGUCGGACGUUAUAUCCGUUUCUUCUACUACAACUACUAUAACUCCUUCAACUACUACAACUCCUUCAACUACUACAACUCCUUCAACUACUACAACUCCUUCGACUACUCCUUCAACUACUACAACUCCUUCGACUACUCCUUCGAUUACUACAACUCCUUCGACUACUCCUUCGAUUACUACAACUCCUUUGACUACCACAACACCGGCGGGAGCCCCUCAGCUGGCUCCGUGGAUUGGAACAAUCUUUUUGGCUCUAGUCACCUUUAUGUUGGCUUCGUCAGCAUAAAUCUUUCGUCGAGAUGAAAUGAAGUUGCUUCUUUACUUUCGUGAUUAACCUAUUGGGUCGAGUGAAACCGUUAAUUGAAUUCUUUAAAUCGUCAAAUUAAAAAACAAAAGGAAUUACAAAUAAAAUAUUACCACCU